AUGGCAUUUCAAUGGACAGGAGCACUUGCUCAACCUGGUGCUCGCUUUCUGCGCCAGAGCUUCAGUGGUUGUUGGCUGCAGUCGCGUUUGCGAGACCGUGCUGCAUGCGCUCCCGGUCGACGCCGCGGUACCGGGGUAGAAGCGAACGUGCGCCAUUGCUUUCGAGUUCGGCGCGAAAACGGGUUGCGACGACCGGCUGCUUUGGUCGGCUGCAGUACCAGCUCUGAGGAGCUUCAUACACGAAAUGUCGAGCGAGCGUGGCACGAGAACCGGCACCAGCUUUCUACUGGUGAGCGAGCGCGAACUGUGCUGCACGUCUGCGCGACGGGUACCCUGUGUACGGCGUCGUUCAAACACGGUGGACAUCCGUUUGGGACCCACGUUGACUUCAUCCUUGAUGAGUGGGGGCGUCCCAUCUUUCUCCUCGCGAAGAACGCAGCACACUCGAUCAACCUGCGUCAUGACCCGCGCUGUUCGCUCUUUGCGCAGCCACGUGACAGUAGCGGCCAGGGCGGGCAGCGCGCUACGCUUGUGGGCGAGCUCUAUGAGCUCGAGGGCAGCGAACUCGAGGAGUACGCGUACCGCUAUAUAGAACGGUUCCCGCACGCGGAGCAGGCACUGAGCUACCCAGAGUUCAGGUUCUACCGGAUGGAGGUACAGGAUGUGUACUAUGUGGGCGGUUUCGGAGUGACCGCCACCUGGGUCGAUGUCGAGGAGUACCGCAACGCAAAACCUGACCCGCUUGCUUUAGACGCCCCAACGCUUCUCGUGCGUUUGAAUCGCGAACACAAAGAGGAACUUUUGCGUUUCUGCCGGGUGUUCCUGGAUAUUGAGCCGCUGGACUGUUCGAUCGUGAGCCUGGAUCGGCUUGGUUUCGAUCUGCGAGUUCGGCUCUGUCCUUGUGAAGAAGACGCGGAGCCGUCGCGCCCAGAUCGUGCUGCGAACGGAGCCCAGCAGCGAAACGUCUCCAGUUCGAGCAACGGGCGAGCUUCCGAGCUGCGCGACAAGCGUGUAUCCGGGUCCGAAUCGAGCGCGGAUCCAGACUGCAACGAGUAUCGCGAGUACCGUGUGGCAUUUCGUGAGCCUGUUGGGAACACAUUUGAUGUUCGUAGUGAGCUGGUGAAGACCAUGCAGGAGGCCUGGGAGAUCGAGAAUGGACUUGAAGACCUCUGGAUCCGUCCAUUUGGCAGGCGCCCCACCGUGCUGUAUUACGACCAAGAGUCUCGCAAGGUGCGCUCUAUUCAGCAGGAACGAGAGGAAGCCGAGAUCGUGCGCCGGCGAGAGCUGCAAGUGAAUGCGGAUUUAUAA